GAAUGUCUGAGCUUAUUAUUUCUAACUUCCUCUCAAAGGUUGUCCCUGAUGAUGCUUCAAAGUUAGUUGAUUUUCAGAAGAUCAUGAACUCUUCUUCUGAAUUUGAGAUUGUUUUACAGGAGAUUAUGUUCAUUUCCAAAUCUGAUAAGAAUGAUGAAAGAUUAAGCAACUUUGCUGAUAACGUGGAGGUACACUUUGCUGUGAGGAAAAAGAGAGAAAUGCUGGCAAAUGCUAGACAGUUGAUUCUACGAUGUGACUUUACUGUUCCAGAAGUCAACUCUCAUUCAACCUGUCUUAUAUCUUUGUGCUCAUCUGCUGGAAUUACGUACUAACAAUUAGCUCUCAGGAGUUUAGCAGCAAAGGACCUAAGUUCGGAAAUAACAGAUACACUGAUUGUGCUGUCAAUUUGCUAUUUUCGUCAGAGAAGUGUAUAGUGUCCCUUGCUGCUUGUCAGUUGAUGAAGUUGGUGCAUCAAACACUUCAAGUUUGCAUUUCAAUGAGUGGAGAUCCUUUCACCGAUGAGCAAAUUGAUGAAAUACGAGACAAAUGGGCAUCAUACUUCACCGAACAUUGUGUGUAAUUAACGCUUCAUUGAUCUCUUCUUGUGGAUGUUUCGUGCUACUAAAAUCAUAUAUAAUUGCCUUAUUAUAUUUUUGGUGCAAUUUUGUAACGUACGAAGUGUAAAAGAUAUAGUUAUUAUAGAUUUGAAACUAUUUAGGUGGUUUAUUUUUUUAAACAUAUAUAUGAUGGUUAACUUAUAUGUAAAAAUCAAUGUUUCGGAAAGUUAUUGGUGGUUGAUGACACUUUUGAACGUUGUAUAAAU